CCGCGCGAACCUCCGAACGACUUUCACUCCACCACACGUAAAGGAACCUUCACAACGAUAUGCUGCGAUAAAAAAACCUCACAAGUGUCAGUGUUGUGAAUAUAAUUUAAAAAAAAAAAACUUUUUUUUUUGGAACACGAUUAUGAUAGUGUCUUAUUAUGCUGCAGCCUAGAUUAAUAGUUGCUGGAAGUGUAAGUGUCAAAAUGGGAUUCAAGAACUUUUUCGUGGUGAAGACGAGCUUUUGGACAAUUUUAUGCGCGAUCAUUCUGAGCAUCACUCUAGUGACAUGUCAAGAAAUAAACGAAAAUGAAUACACGGAAGGAUUGAGAUUAAAAAGAGAGGAAGUUCCAGCAAACAGGGCAUUUAAUACGAAUGGUAUAGUAUUUGAUAAUUCACCAUGGAGACCAGGACGUGAUAUGCCGAUGGAACAUCGGGAAAUUCUAGAAGAUGAAAGGAAAAUAAAGAAUGUAGCCACGAGAAUCAUGUCGAAUGGAGUUGAAGUGUUAGUGAAAGACAAAAGUACAGAUGGCAAACAAGAUCCGAGAAAAUUUAAGUUCAUUCAUAUCACAUCUAUGAAACCACCGAAAUUUCAUACGAGCACAUCAUUACCACCAAACAAAUCAUUGUUAACAUCAGCUGUGUCGACUGUAACGAAUCUACAAACGCCAUCUAUGUAUCCGAUACAACAACUAAUGCAGCACAAUUACAUAAUCAAGACAUGUAUGACAACUUACACAUACUUAACAACAGUAGUACAAAAUAAACGAAGUGCUAUAUCAACAUUUGAGACAAUAGUUUCAGUGAUCACCACAGAAUCAUUGACAAACAUGUACGCUUCAGACUUAUUAGGAGAUUUGAAGCCGACAAAACUUAAAUUCAUGGAGAUUAAAACCAUACAACCAUCAGCACCAAGUACUAUGUAUGUUAGUGCUUAUACAAAAAUUGAUAAAAGAUUUGAUAAUCAACAAGGUGAUAUUCAUAAUUUUGAUUUAAUACAACCAUCUGAAGUCGGUCAACCAUCAUGUUCUACAUCCUGCUCAUGUAGUGAUACAAAAACAGAAAGCUUAAAAACAAAGUAUACAAGUUCGGCUCCAGAGACGUAUAAUACAAAAGCAAGUAAUCAUGACUUCGUUAAAGUAGAAGUACGACCAACACAAAAGGAAUCAGACAAAAAUAGUCAGUAUAAUAUGUAUGACUCUGAACAUAAUGUUCAUUCAGCACCGACCGAUAAAAUAGUAGAAAAGUAUACAGAAGUUAUCAAUGAUUACUCGGAUGAAAAGGAUUCAAAUUCUAUUAAAGAAAGUGAUUUACUUACUAACGAACAAGCUCCAACAACAUCUAAUACAGACAAAAUAUCCAACAAAGAGCCAGAAAAGAAUAAACCAGAUAAAUCUCCAAAACCAAAUAAAAACAAUUUUAUUGUAGCUGAUCUUUUAAAACUAGGGUCUUUAAGUAUAAAAGGAUUAUCACAAUUAGCACCUGUUAUUGAAAAGAUGACAGAUACGUUUAUGAAGAGACAGGACAUUAAUAAAACUGCGACAACAACAACUACAACAACCAAUAAGCCAGCAAAGAAAAUAACACCUUAUAUAGCUAACAAACGAGUCGACAAUGACAUGGAAUUUAAACAUAAUAACUUUCCAAUUUAUAUACCUGUUGAUGAAAUGGAAACCUCUGAAUCACAAAUAGCAUUUACAAAUGCAACAUUGCAUCAAAACUUUGCCUGGGCCGCAGAAUUCAAGCAACCAAAAGCUAAUAAAGCGCCACCAAAAAUAAGACACGAAAGUCCUUUAGUAAAUGGAGGCAUACCAAUUAGUCCCGGAGAAAUUAUUACUGCAAAUUCUGAUGUAAUUGUCGGUAAACCGGCUGUCGGUGGGCCAUUUACAUUGGGAUCAAGUGGAAUGAAAUUACAGAAUCCUGUAAACCCUCCACCGAUUGACAAUUAUAUGUCAAACAAUGAACCUUAUUUGGUUGCUGCAAAAUUACCUUUAGGUGACGGUGCGUUGAUGCCAACGAAGGCUGAUGACUCAUUUGAUUUGAGACCUCCGGAACAACCAAAAAUAAAACCUAAGCCGAAUAGAGAACAAAAUAGGUUACCUAAUUCUAAUAUUAAAAAUAUGUAUUCAAAUAAUAAAAAUAUCCAGUCAUCUUUAUUUAAUCAACAAAACAUCUCAGAUCAAAAGAAAGAUUCAGCAAUCGGUAGUCAUGGUAUGUCCGCCUUUUUGGACUACAUUCCGUCUUAUUCAAAACCUACUAGUAAAUCACCUCUUGAGCAUCAUGUUGAUUUUAGACCUUUUAACAAUGGUAAUAUAAAAGAAGAAGUACUUGAUAACAAUCCCAGCUCCUCAGAAAUAAUAAGUACAAGUGUUACAACCGAUGGAGAAUAUGCUGUUUCUAUCAGUCCCGAUUCAGUGAACAAACCGUUUUUAGUAGAUAUUCAACCUUCAAGAGUAGCAAAUGUUAUUAUUCCCCACGGGAGUUCAACUGCUCUGGUUUUUGCUGGUUCAUCAGAACCUCAUAAAACUGGAGAAUACAUCGAUGAUCCUUUGCCGUAUCCAGAACCAGGUUAUUUUGGUAGUUUUAGUAUAGAUGCACCUCAAAUGACUAACGUCCAUAAUGUUGUUCCAAAUAAUAACCAGUUUUUGAUAAAACCUGGCAAUCCCUCUUCAGUAUCUUUGAAGCAAUAUCCAUCUACGCAACAAGACCAUCAUUACAGAAGCGAUGGAAAAGUUAAAUGGAAAGAUAAUAAGCGGCCUAUCGGUUUAAAUAACUUACCACCUCCCGUUAGCACUCAGGAAUCACAUCUUUACGUAGGUCCGCAGGUUGUUUAUAAUCCUGAUGCGUAUAGGGGAAGUAAUCAAAAAACAAACUUGAAUCGGGAAAAUGACAAACCUAAAAGUGGAAAAGAGAUAAUUGACAAAGAGUAUGAGAACUACUUAGCUGUCCCACCGCCACCACCACCUAAAAUGCAUGUUAAUCAUGAUAAUCGUUUUGAAAACAACAAGCCUUACAAUCAACGUCCCGUGAUUCAUACGCAGCCUAUUCAAGAUAUGAAAGUUUUUCUAAAUGUUCAACAUCCAGUACCAAAAACAACAAAUAACGAUCGCAUGCCUCCUAAGGUAACUUCAGAAGUUUACUUUGCAGCUCAAGCUCCAAAUACUAAGUCGACAUCUACAUAUACUAUUCAGUUACCACCAACAAAACCUACUUACGGAAGACCUCAAGGGAAACUACCAAACAAUUAUGCGCAAACAAGUAAAAAUAAUCAUACUUUCAUCGCACAAACGUCUGGUUUACCUCUGGGUACAGUAUCUGCGCCAAAUUUGGAUAAUAAAUCACAAUUGCAUGACAAUAGAAAUGACAAAGUUAAAUUUAACGCAGCGCCUAAUGUAAGAGAUAGGGAUAAAACGAUACAAAGCUUAAGUUUUACCACAUCUAGUCCAAUAAGUACACCUACAUCAUUACCUCAAUUAAAUACUGAUAUACCAAUCGGCAGCAAUAUUGUUAUAAGAGUUGAAGAUGAUCCAUCAAGAUUUGAAAGUUCACCUAUACAUAGUAAUAAACAACCGAAAGUUACUUAUAAUAACCACGAUCAUGUACAUUCGGAAGUUCUGUUACAGAAUAACCAAUGGAAUAAAUCACAAGUCGAUAAGGAAUUGACAUACGGUCGCCCAAUCAGUAAUGAUGAUAUUGUUGAAGGACAUUUUAAGAAAGAUGUCUUCCCAUCUCUGCCACCAUCUUUGAAUAGUCACGCGAAUUUCCCUAUGAUAAAUGAUCAUAUAAUUACCAAACAUGACUUCAGUUCGAAAAAUACGAACAACGUGGAUAAUAAACAGAGACCGGCAAUCUCAAAGCCAAAUACUCCAACAAAUUCUCACGGUUGGUACUCGGGCUCAUAUUUCAAUGAGAACAAUUUGAAAAAUAUAAAUAACAUACAUAUUGAGGUAACAACCAGAAAAGUGAUACCAAUUUCCAACGAUUAUAAUAGCGAUAACAUACCAGAUUUCGGACACAAAAUUGCCAGCAUAGGAAAACCACCAGUAUGGCAGGACAGUCAAGAUUUUACAAGUUACUUAAGUAUAGGUAAACCAUUUUCGAAAUCGCCAGAAUACAUAAAUUCUAGUUUAAGUACCCCAACCACUAAAAUACCAUCAACUCGCAGACCUAAUUUGCCUUCAAAUAUUGGAUCACAUCAACCAGCAUAUGACAUACCAAUCAGAGACAAUAGUCACGAAACUACUACGAUUAAAACAAACAAUAAACUACAAACAAAUAAAAUUAAGCCAGUUUAUGAAAAUUCAGAGGAAAUAUAUGACGGAGAAGAUGAAUUUGAAAAUAAUGAAAGUGAGGCAGACGGAGAAGUUAGUUUAGAAUCUAUGAAAGUGCCCGUCAUAACAUCUUCUAGCGAAGCAGAUAUUUCUCACAACUUUGGACCCUUACAACACAAAGGUCAUGGAUUUGUACCACAAAAAAGUGAAAACACAAAUACAAAAGAAGACUUUAAUGCGGGCACUCAAACAGAGAAGCCGUUUGGUUCCUUUAAUAACAGUCAAGGAUAUAAGUCUAAUGAAAUAAAACAGAUUGAUUAUGACAGAAACCCGUCUAUGAAACCAAGACCAUUUACAAUGAAUACUGUUAUACCACUUGACCAUCAAUUACAACAACCACACUGGCAAAUAAAUCAAUUAAUGGAAAAUUCUUCUAACGCAUCAAAUGAAGAUAAACUAGAUUUGAAUAUAGGAGAGGAAAUUGGUACAUCACAAAAGCCGACAUUGAAAACAGAUAAUAAAAAUUAUAAUAAGAACCGCGAGACAGAAAAAGACUCAAGAAUAACAACAGAGUUAAAUAGAACAAAGGUCGUUAACGAGACCCCGAAUAUCAUAACGUCUACAGUGUAUAUCAAAGAUAAAAAACCUUUAAUAGUAGAGGUAACAGAAAAAUCAAGCUUGCCUACCUUUACAAUUAAUAGUGAAUUCAACAAAUCUCAGACAGAUGACAUUAUUAAUUUAUCACCUCCCCCUCCCGCUUUCGAUUUUAAUUUCAAACUGACAACAAAGGAUGAGAUUAUAAUGGGUAUGAGUCCACCACCACCGAGAACACCAUCUUUGGUAAGACCUACACUGAGACCACCUCUUACUUCUCGACCGAUUUUGCCAGCACGAACACCUCCUCCUUAUAGAGCGUUACCACCCAGGACAUUACCACCUAGAACAGCACAGCCCAAUAAGCGACCUAUCAAUAAAGAAGAAGUAUCUACUUAUAGGCCGACAUAUGAUAUAGUUAAUAAGCUGAUUCGUCCUAAUAUUAAUCGCGAUCAACCAUCAUCACAAUUACUGCCUCCUCCAAUAGAUUUGCCAUCCAAAAUAGUUCAGAUUUCAGAAAUGGAAAUGCAGCCACCGCCUGUUAGUGCAUCUUCUUUAAGUCCUGAUGUUGUUUUCCCAACACCUGUUUCAACAAGUUGGUUAACUUCAACUGGUAUAGAUUUCUCUUCAAAAUUCAAUUUUGCUCCAACUUCAAUACAUUUCCCUCGUCCUACUAAACCUUCUAAAGUCGUAGAAAUAUCUGACGUGAUUUCAUCCGAAAACCCCAACUAUUCAGUUUCUUACGAAAGCGAACUCUCUAUUGAAAAUGUGGAUAAAUCUAGUUCUAAUAACAAUGCUAACCAAGGUUCACAUUCACAAGAAGCGGACAUUGAUAUGAGUUAUGAGUCUUCUGCUUCUUCCGAGGAAUUUGAGAAUCACGAAAAUCACACAUCUUCCUUCGGAUUAAAUAAAAAGACUACAGAAAAAGUUAAAGUUGUUUCUCCAAUAAACAGAAACAGAACACGCAAACCUUAUCCUGUUCGAACUGACGACAAAAAGGUAAAUACCGGCAAGACUAGAUUGCCAUCUAGACCGUCAAUUAACAUAACGCCAAGCAGGAUUUUGAAUAGGCCUGAAAUUUUAUAUCCCCCUAGAGUGACGCCAAACCGUAACGUCGUAAGACCAAUGUCUUCAAGACCCGUGGUACCUCUGGCAACACCAAUAUUGGAAAGCUCUGAGUCCUCACUUGCUGAUGAUUUCAUAAAACCAACAGAAGUUUUAGAACAGACGCAAUUACCGUCUUUACUACAACCUGGAAUGAACACGUUAAUAGAAAAUACCAACACGCCAACUGCAUCGUUACCUAGCGAUACUAAGAUCUUAAGUAGCCAAUCCAUUCACCACGCAGGUAAUGAAGUAAAGAUAUCAGACGACAUAAUUCCAACUAAAACUGAAUUUAAGACUACAGUCGUUACUUUAACGAAGACUUUAUCAGAGCCGCCAAAGACGGUCUCAAGUAUUGGUUAUGUUAAUUUAACUCACACCUUAACUGUGACUCAUACAAAGACAAGUCUCGUAAGCCAAUCAGAAGGAGCUGUAACCCAGACUUUAGUUGUUACAAACACACAAACAUCAACUAUUGUUGAUGUCGUAACUAAAAUACAAACAGAAGUACAACCUACAACAAUAGUAGAAACGGUAACUAAACACAUACCCAUACUACAAGUCCAACCAACAACUGUCAAAGAAGUUAAUGAAGUGACAAAAACUAAAUUGGCACUUGACGAUAUUUCGAUGUCGUCUGAGGAAAGUGAGAACUUCAUAAUAAAAGAUGCAGAAACUACAGAGAACAUUCAAAAGAUCGAUCACGACGGAGAAAAUGAUAAUGAUACAUUCUUUGUUGUAAUGAACAAGUCACAAAACGGUGGUAAAUCACCACCAAUAAAUACAGAAAUCGAAACUGGUGAUUAUGAUAUUACGAGAAAUGAGCAAGUGAACAGUAAUGGUGUAUCACAAGUUCUCUUUGGUGAAAUAUUACUAGCCGGAACCCCAUAUCUGGAAACUUCAAAUGUUCAUCCUUCUGGUUUUGGUAAAGAAUGUCAGCCAGAUUGUAAAGCAUCUAGAAACGAGAGAUGUCAAAGAAUAGACGGAAUGAUGAAAUGUAUUUGUCGACCUGGCUUUGCUAGAAUGUUCCCUGACAGACCUUGUAAACCUACAUACACAUAUUCUGUGAAACUAGCCCUGAAGUCUCAAGGUCAUGAUCGUCUUGUAUUCCAUGAGAGCUUGUCAGAUAAUUCAAGUAAACAGUACCACAAGUUAGCAGUCGCAACUCAUGAAGGCAUCAAUAGAAUGAUAAUGCAGUCAGAUCUAAGAGAUGUUUAUCAUGGUGUUCACAUAUCCGGAUUCUAUCCAGUUGAUAUCACGCCAGCUAAGGGAGAAAAAUAUCAAGGAGUUAUAAAUGAUUUCUAUGUUCAGCUCUCAGACAAUGCCCACGAGAGCAGAUUGAAAGAAGUCAUCGAGAAAUACUUGAGGAACAAUAACUAUAGUCUUGGAGGAACUGACGUGUUUGCUGCUGGUGAACUGAUGGAUAAAUUGAAUGUCAGCGAUUUCGAUGAGUGUGUGAGCGCGCAAUUCCACGACUGUUCGGAGCAUGCGCGCUGCUUUAACUUACGCGGGACCUACACUUGCAGCUGUCUGGAAGGAUACGGGGAUCUUAGUGUCAACCCGCUAUACCCUGGCAGGAUAUGCUCGGCGGAGCCUGUGGGAUGUGAGCGCUGUAACUAUCACGGCGCGUGCUACUCGCGUGACGAUCAGCGCGUGCUGUGCGAAUGUUUCCAGUGGCAUGCCGGCGCUUCCUGCCAGAUUAACCUCAAAGUGGUACUGAUAUCUCUGGUGGUGUGUGGGGCGCUGCUGACGGCGGUGCUGGGUCUGUGUGCAGUGCUGGCUUGCCGGCGCUCCCCCGCGCGCCCCGCGCACACCCCGCAGCGCUCCAUAGUCGCCUGCAUACAGAGCAUGCCCAGCUUGCAUCAGGGUGCAGUUCCAUCAAAGAAGCGAGCGGACAAGCGGGCGCUGAUACCGGAGCGGACGGAGUCAGGCGACGCCUCUAGUAUUCAGAACGCGUCUUUGCCAUAUAUGCCGUCUAAGCGCGCGUCAUCAAGUAAGAAGUUCGUGGCGAUGUGUGACCCCCCCGCGCACGCCCCGCCCCCGCCCCCGCCCGCGCCUGCUGUUGUCAUCCCCCGCGCUCGCCUUCACCCGCACCACUCUGACAGCCGCGAUAACCUCGCGAGGAAGAGAAGCUUGGAGUUAAGUAGUGAAGCCAAGCUCAUCAGCUACUUGGAGUCAGGAGCUACUAAUACUAAUGAUGAAAUGAGAAGGAAACAUAGUUUGGAAUCAUCUUACAGUGCACAAAAAGAUCGACAUAAUAAACAAGGAGCCCUAAUAUCAGCCGGAUUCAAAGUAUCAACAACAAUUCGUCCUGACGAGACAAUGGAUCGUGACAAGAAGGAUGACAGAGAUGACAUGUCCUCAGUCAAUAAGACUGACAUCGACGGAGAACUUUCUAGAUUCAGCACGUUAAGGAAAUCUUAUAGUCAAGAAGACUUAUCAGAAUGGACGGACGCUGAAAGAAGAAUUGGAGAAUUGUAAGUAUUGACACAAUUGAUCUGUAUUUAAACACUAACAGUA